AUGACUGCCAGUUCAAAAAAUCUGUACAUUGACACUGAAGCAGAGGAAGACCAUAGCGAAGAGGAUGCGGAUGCAAAUGUUCUUGCCGUUGAGGGUGACGGCGACCUAUCUGCACAGUUGACAAACAUUACGUCAUUGCGUCGACGACCCACUGUCAGGUUGGAGCCAAAGAAUCCUUACAUUGACGCUGAAGCAGAAGAAGGUUCUGAUGAUGAGGACAGGGAUGAGUAUGAUUCCCUUCGUGAUACCGAGGAAGAGGAUGAUAGUGGCCCCUCUACGCGAUCGCCGAAUGUUACCUGCUUGCUGGGACCGGCCGCCAAACAUACUUUAGCCACAGCUAUUAAUGAUAUCAUGGACAAGUACACAUUGAACAUGUUUAGUUUAUCAAACAGACGGCUCCGUCAGACAGCUGCCUGGUCCCCAGAGACGAUUCAAAGCAGGAUGUAUCUGUUGCUCAUUUACAGAACUUCCACCAGUUACAUUGCUAAACACCUUCGGAGAAAAGGGUUCCCCAUUACUGUGUCGCUUUGGGCACAAGGCCAACUUUAUGUGGUUUCAGACAGUCCCAGGACCAUCUCAUUGUUCCUUCCAAUCUCGCUUCGUCCCUCAGUGAAAGAGUAUCUUUACAUCUCAGAUGAAGAGCAUGAAGCAGUCAAAUGUGCACGAUUGACCUUGCCCAGUCCUGCGUGGGUGAAAAUUAAGACAAGCACGCACCACAAAUACCAUGGCGCCAUAGGUUACGUUUUUGAGGAGUCUGAGGAAAAUGACAAUUUCAUGAAGGUAUUAAUCCCUCCACGGGACUUCCCCUAUCCCAUGCCACAGGGGUCUGUAGCACUAUUUGACCUAGCCCACCCUCUGACUGGCAAGCUCACCACCGAUAUCAUUUGCCAUGGGAAAGUUGUCAGAUGGACAUACAAAGGAGAGCAAUAUUACAUGGGGCUGCUACUGAAAAAAUUUCACCGCUAUCUUUUAGAGCUCGUCGUCGUCCCUCACCCUGAUGACAUUUGGUUGCAUCUCCAAUCUGGAUGGGACACUCACUUCGUCAAGAACACUGAGCUUGCGUUUUCCAUGCAGUUUUUGCGUGAAGGCGAUGCAGCCAGGGUUCUUACAGGAGAGGUUCAUUCAGAGAUCAGUGAAGUUAUCUCAAUGGACCACGUGUUUGGUUCCAUGUGGUUGAAAAUCAACACCAAUGGAUUACAGAGAGAAAUAGACCUUCGAGUCUGGGACGUAGAGCGUGUGUUUUGGGUCGGUGAUGCGGUUAGAGUUGUAGUGGGUUCAUACUUGGGGUUGGAAGGGCAUAUCAUUGGAAUGUCUGAUGAGAUAUUUGAUGUUUGUCAAGAGGAUACAAAGGAAGAGCCUGUAGAUUCAAGUAUCGAAGUACUACCUGGAUCGUCGUCCUUUGAGACACAUGCUGCAAGCACAGCUGGCACUGCCACUACUUCAAGUUGUGGAGCCUUCCCCGAACAUGACCCUUUUGAAGUCGGGGAUUAUGUACAAGUAUUUGAAGGAGAAUAUCUAGGGAAGUCGGGUAUUGUGGAAUGGUUUCCCACAGGAAGUACCAUUCUAUUUUUGCGGGAUGCAGACCUUGACAUGAACGUGGACAACAUGGAAGGACCACCGCUAGUUCAAGUUCCCGUGGCAAUGGUUCAGCAGACAUGCCUCCCCCCAAUAAUUGAAUACACCAAGGAUAGGGGUUAUGAUGUAAAGCCUGGAGACUUCAUGAGUGUCGUCCAUGGACCUGAGUUUUGGACAACAGGCUUCGUGCACAGCGUCGACUUUCCAACGGCUCGCAUGAAAAUACAGUCUUCCAGUGAUUACUCACUCAUCGAAGUUCCCAUCAGAUUCGCAAUUAUGUUGCGCAAAAAAAGUGUUGAUGAGUUUAAGAGUGUAAUCGGGAGGGAAGUAUUCAUUAUCAGAGGUGAUCUCAAGGGCUACCGAGCCACUCUAUACAGCAUUGCGAGCGACACCUGCACUGUUGCUAUUCAUGGACAAAGGCGUGUCACACUCAAACACCAUGAUGUUGCUACCAGUGUGACCCCCCCCCCCCCACCCCAAGCAUCAGUUCCAUCCAGCUCCAACUUGAACACAGAUCAGGGACCUUCCUCUUCGUCUUCUCCUGGUGUCUGGGCCCCUUGGUCCACCAGUGUUGAGGGUAACAAUACAGUGCUUGACCAUUCAUCGGGCGUCAAUGCUUCAUUGACAUUCGACCCCUGGACUGCCAAUAAUCUUGAUGACAUCCGUGAUUGUAUUGAGGCUGAAGUGGAGACAUGUGCAGACCCAGGUCUGCUACCAUGGUUGAUGAAUAAAGAAUUUUCUUCAAUGCUAUCGAAAUAUCAUGUGUCGCUGAGAGUCUUGCCGAGCUUCAUGGGAGGCCGCUUAAUCAACCAAUUCAUGUCGACGGCAUGCCCUGACCUGUUCUGCAGUGUGAAUGGUCCCGCACCUGAGGAAUCCAUUGCAGCAUACUGCACAUCCAACAGUGCAGGAGCCGCCCUAAAACACUAUCACAUUCCUGCCAAGGAUCUUAGCCCAGCGCCUCCAUGCCGGGAGAACCAAAAUUGCCUUGUUCUAAAUGGGCAGUAUCACGGGCUCGUUUUUCCUGUGGCAAAGUGUAAUGUCAAAUCACAGACUGUCGACCUGAUCCUUAUGGAUGGGACUGCCUUAACAUUUACAUUGCGCUUUGACGAAGUGUGUCUCGUUGAACUUACACAAAAUGGAUAG